CAACCGGCUGCCUGAACUGAGUGGCACGGCCCCGCUGAGACCUGUCCCAAUCUGAUCUGGAGUCAGUUAGCUGGAUGUCACUCUCAGUCUGUCUAAAAGUACAGGGAGAAAGUCACAGAUGAAGACCAGAUCAACACAGGAGGACUGAACACAACAUGAUGUCGCAAAAUAAGCCAGUCGAGGAAGACUGCCAUCAAAAAUGCAAGGAAUACCUCAGCAGUUUGUUCGGGGAAUCAACUUCAGAGUAUUUUCUCAGCCCUUCUUCUUGCUCAAAGGAAAUACCCUCUUGGCUUUCACAGCUAAAAGACGACAUGAAAGAUCACACAAGUGCCCUUUUCUUAUGGGACGCUAUAAGACAACACUCUACACAGAUACUGCAAGAAUCAAACACAGAGCCCUCGAUGGAGAUUACUAAUGAGAUCGUGAGAAGGGUGACAGACUGGAAGACACUCAAGAAACAGGAUCAUCUGAUGCACCUAUUAGGAGUGAAAUACAUGUUCCGCUGUGCUCAGCGUAACCAGGUCAUCUCUGCCCUCCUUCUACAACAGAACCCUCUUUUUGACUAUGGGAUAAAUAAUGGACCGAACUGAUCUCGUGCAUAAUGCAGAACCUUCAAGAUCAGCAAGACAUUUAGGACACAGACAAACUGUAGAUAAAUUACAACUUGUUCAGCAAUUCAGCAUUUGUAUUGUUCUGUUGCCCCAUUUUAGACUUGCACAGGCUUGAGAAAUGAGUCAGUUAAAGUGGUGCAUUGAGAUUUGUAUUCAUUUGUACUUGCCCUUCACUACCAUCGGGAGGCGGCAGAUUGUAAAUUUGGCCUGUACUGUCACUACUGAAAUCAUUCUUAUCCUUUAGUGCAGUUCUCUUUUUUUAUAUACAAUAUAAAAACUAUAUUAUAAAUUGUAUAAGUUACCUACACGGAAAUAUCAUUUUCACUUCUGAUCUAAGAUGUAGGUGAAUGUCUCCUGCAUAUGUAUUUAUUGAUUUUCCUUUUAUGCCAAAAAUCAUUAGGAUACCAAGUAAAGAUCACGUUCCAUGAAGA